AGGCUGCAGUUGUUCAUUAAACCGAAGAAGCAGCAGCAGCACUCGGUUCCCGACCGUUGGUCUCAUCGCAUCCAGUCUCAUCCAGGCCAUGGUCUUCAGCUAAAGAAGAGACACCACACAUUGCAAUGCUUACACCGUCAAUCUUUUCUUUCCCUGUAGACACGCCGGAGCUGCAAUGAAGGCAGGGGCCUCGUCCAUGUGGGCUUCAUGCUGUGGUCUGCUGAAUGAAGUCAUGGGUACAGGGGCCGUCAGAGGCCAGCAGCCAGGGUUUGGGGCCGGUGCUGGACCCUUCAGAUUUGCCCCCAGUGCGGGAUACUCCACAUACCCCCCCACCAGCUCAGGGAGUCCCAGUCUUGUAUGCAAGGCCUGUGGCCAGGCCUUCUCAGUCUUCAGGAGGAAGUAUAUUUGCUGCGACUGCAAGAAGAGCUUCUGCUCUCUGUGCUCCGUGCUUCAGGAGAAUCUCCGCAUUUGUGCCACAUGUCAUUUGCUGAAGGCCACGGCGUUUCAGCGACCACGGCUCAUGCGUCUGCGAGUAAAGGAUCUGCGUCAGUACUUGCUGCUGCGUAACAUCCCCACUGACACCUGCAGGGAAAAAGAAGACCUGGUGGACUUGGUGCUCUGUCACCAAGGCAUUGAGGAAGAGGAAGACGGUGACACGGCCAGCCUCCACUCCCGUUCCUUGUAUACACCAACCCCUUCGACCACACAGUCUGCCUCGGAGCUGUCUGCUUUCGCUGCCUCUCAGGAGGAACCGCUCAGCAGGAGUGAUAGCUCUGAUACCAACCAGGAUAUAGGUGACGCUACAUCAGUGUCUCUCCUUAACUUGGACCCCAGUGAACACACUCCUGAGGUGAGUCCGCAGACACGGCGCCGGGCCAGAGCGUCCCUCUCGGACAUCUCCAGUUUGAGGGAUAUUGAGGGCCUGUCUGUCAGGCAGCUGAAGGAGAUCCUGGCCAGGAAUUUUGUCAACUAUUCAGGGUGCUGCGAGAAGUGGGAGCUGGUGGAGCGUGUCAGCAGGCUGUACAGAGAGACGGAGGAGAACAGGAAAUCAUUGGAAAAUGUGAGCGGUACUGUAACCACAGUGAUGGCCUUCCCCCCUCCUAUCUGCAAUGGUGCCAUCGGAGACGGUGAGAACUGUCCACUGACGAUUCACGACGACAACCUCUGCAGGAUCUGCAUGGACGCCGUGAUCGACUGCGUUCUCCUAGAGUGCGGUCACAUGGUCACAUGCACCAAGUGUGGCAAGAGGAUGAACGAGUGCCCGAUCUGCAGGCAGUACGUCGUGAGGGCCGUGCACGUCUUCAAGUCCUAAUGCUCCACUGCACCUGCUUCAGACUGAGACUGUACCUUAACUCAGCAAUGCAGCUCACCACCGUCGACUCCCCAAAAGACUUACUUUGUGGAUGUUUGUAUUCCCUUGAUUCUCACAUUAUUUGCACAUUGAAGUAUGAGAAAUGUCUUUUUCUUUAGAAUUUGACUAUUUGGUUUUAUCGAUGGGCAGAGCAAAGGCCCGUACCAUCUUAUGAGUCAUUCCUCAAUUUCGCAUAUCUCUUAUCUGCGUUCAGUCUUAAGUGUCUGUUUUGUUUUUCAAAGCAACGAAUGUGUGGCACAAGCCACGUGCAGUCUUGUUCAACACAACAUGUCACCCUCAGAUCUGCCUAUAAACUGUAGCUGGUACUCGGCUCUGCUGGGUAUUCUCUAAGAGCACUUCUCUUUACAACUGCUGCAAGUGACUACAUAUCUUAAUGACAUCGAGGGCAGACACAUGCUGAGCCUCAACAGGAGAGAGGAGGAGAGUGAACUCGGUGCCAAAUAAUGGGUCAUGCCCUGAUUCUUCUCACCCAUUUUUUUUCCCCCCUCAGCUGUGGAGGACAGUGUGUGGCUGUUGAUUCUUCAGCAUGUUAGAUCAGAAAGCACUUUGUUCACACUGUGUGUUAAUGCACCACUGCUCACAUCCCACUUCAAGCAAUGACCAGUAAUAGCGGUUGAGGUAAUGUGUACUUGUUCUUGAAUGCUUGACAGAUUCCACUACCUUUGUUUAAUCAGAGGGAAAGGCUAAUUAGAAAUCCUUUAGCUUGUUUCCUUUUCAAGUUUCAGCUCACAGGUGAACAGGUGCUCUGCCAUUGUGGUUUAAAGAUUUUGGUGAUUGACUAUUGUGAUUUAUGAGAGUUGAAUCAAAUGAAUUAUACGGACUUAUUUUGCUAUAUACGCGCUUACUGUAACGCAUUACGCGUUUAAAUGAUCGUACAAAGUCUGUCAUUACAGCAAUAGCUAACCUCCGCUGUCACCUCUGUCCCGUCUCUUUAGUGGAGACAAAAGACAAAAACCGGUGCUAACUCAUUCAGCCAUCUUCCCUGUUUUCCAGCUGAACCGUGGAUGUGAAACUCUGUUGGCGGGAGUGGAAUGAAGUGUCUUAAUACUCUUUAGUUGAAUUUAGAAGUAAUGUAUUGAACUAACUAUUCAAAGAUCUAGCUAUGAGUUAACUGACACCUGUGGUAUGGAAAAUAUAUAGAAAAAAUGACUUGCUAAUGUACAUUUGCAUAUAUUGAUCCAUAUGAGAUGUAUAUAUCUAUAUUUUUUCCAUUUGAUUUAAAUUGUGUAAUACCAGAUUAUUGAAAUGUCCCCAGGAUUGGGUUAGUUUACUAUUACAGAGUUACGUUUCCUGUCAAGUGAUUUGAAAUGUGUUUGAUCUACAUUAGUUUGCUUGAACUCUGUCCCAGAGCAUGACGAGAAGCUUUACAACACCGGUUAUCUUGCAUCCUCCUCUUUAUACCUCCCCCUGCUUAUUAAACAGAUUCCCUGCUUUUGUUUUCCCCUGAAUCCUGCUCAAUUGGAAGUACUGCUCUCUGUACUGUACCCCCCCACAAAGUUAACAUUGCUGCUAUUACAGUAAGGAUGUCCCCUACAAUCACGACGAGUAGUGGAGCGGGAUGCACUUUUCCUUUAGAGAGGGUGUAAUUGUGUGCAAGGUUUGGUCUUUGUAUUUGGAGAUGUUGAACUUUUUAUUUUAGUAAUUAAAGAUUGUAAUUAAAGUCUUUUUUUUUGUAAAAUCAUGCAUCACAAGCAGCAUCAAUGUACUAUCUUAGGUACAGUAAUAAUCCAUGUUGAAAUAGCUGAUUAAUGGAUCAACACAAAUUUAUCUUAGCUUGUCAAAUGCGAGGACAUAAUGGUUUUUUGGGGGGAUUGGGACUCAUAAUUAGACAUUUUAGAGGCUUAAUACUGGGAUGGUGUGGCAUAUAUAGAAAUAUAAAGUGACAACAUUUUGAUUUUGAUGUCUAGUUGAUAAAAUUAUUGCUAGAUUUAGGCCAGAAAAUAUUCAAACAAUAUUAGCUAAGAGGAGAUUCUGAUGGAUUUAUUUCUGUUGUAGAUGAUAUUUCCCCUAAAUGACAUUUUUUACAAUGUGAGAAGUAUCAAUAGCCCCUAAUCUUGGAUUUUCGAUGCACAAGUGGUCCCAAGAAGACAAGAAAAACUUUUUUAUAUGUCAACACCGGUCACAGCUGAGGCUUUUUUUUUAAACAUCUUGAAGAAAUUUAGCAAAAAUUGACACUUGAGAAUGAACUAAUUUGAAUUUAGUGGUCAAAAAUCUAAGUAAUUUUCGUCACAAAACGCAUUCAGCCACAAUUCAAGAAUUAUGACACUAAUGACAAAGCUUUACCCAAAUGUCUAAAAGGAUAAAUAAGUGACAUUUUAUAUCCAAAGGCUCACAGGUCCAGUCUUAACAGCUUGGGUGUGAACUGCAUUCUUACUGGCUGCUGGAGGCAAACAACCGUGAGGCGGUACCUCUAGCUGUUCAAUGAAACAUCCUUUUUUUUAUAUUUUCUGUUAAAUAUUUAUAUUUACCUCUUCAGAUCUUGCUUUUCUAUAUAUUUACAUUUCCCAUUUUCUAUUAUUUUGCUAUUUUGAUUUAUUUACUUUUUGGCCUUUUUCUUCUUUCUCAUUGCAAAUGUAUUCAGGUUCACAAUCCUUUACGGGGUGUGUUGUGUUAAAGCACUGUGAAACAUUCCAUUUGUAUGACUUAUUACACAAAUAAAACCUGACUGACUGCUUACUAA